AUGCUUUUGAUAUCAGAAAAAACAGGUAUGGAAGUACUCUAUUCAUUGAGUGCUAGAAACUGUAUGAUGAUAUAUGUGAGAAACUUAAUGGCUUGCACGUUGCACAUUGCAUAUCAACAGCAACAAAAACAUGAAGGGAGAGGAAAAACAUUUCUGCAUCUGAAGAUGAAUGCACAAAUGGGAAUCAUUAAUGCAUGUUUUGAAUCGCGGUAUGGAUGUUAA